UGUCAACAGCUGUUGAGAGAUUAGCUUUGCUUGCGAAAUAAUUGGGGAGCUGUGUUCUUUUUUUUUUCAAUUUGAUUUAUUAUUUUAUUAGCUAUGAAGCUGGCACCGACAAUUAAAUUGAAUAAUGGCUACGAAAUGCCUGUUUUGGGCUUGGGAACGUAUAAUUCCAAGAACAAUGAAGGCGAAAUAGCUGUAAAGCAUGCCAUUGACAUAGGAUACCGGCAUAUAGACACCGCAUAUUUCUAUCAAAACGAGGCGGAGGUGGGUAAAGCGAUACGUGAUAAGAUUUCUGAGGGUGUUGUCAAGCGCGAGGACAUUUUCUUGGUUACAAAGCUCUGGAACAUCCAUCACGAUCCCAAACUCGUUGAGACUGCAUGCCGCAAGCAGCUGAGCAACUUCGGCAUGGACUACAUUGAUCUGUAUUUGAUGCAUAUGCCGGUGGGCUAUAAGUACAUUGAUGAUCAAACGCUAUUACCCAAAGAUGAAGAAGGUCAACUGCAGCUGAGCGAUAUUGACUACCUGGACACCUAUAAGGCAAUGGAAAAAUUGGUUAAAAGUGGCCUUGUGCGCAGCAUUGGAGUAUCGAAUUUCAACAGCGAGCAACUAUUGCGCAUUAUCGAGAAUUGUGAAAUCAAGCCGGUGACCAAUCAAGUCGAAUGCUCCCCAGCAAUUAACCAGAAAAAAUUGACGGCCUUCUGCAAGAAACACGACGUAACUUUAACGGCAUACACACCACUGGGUAGACCAAAUCCGGAAGAGCAGAAGCCCGAUUUUCUCUACGCAUCCAAAGUGAAGGCCAUAGCUGAGAAAUACAAAAAGACAACACCACAAGUUGUGCUGCGUUAUUUGGUGGAAUUAGGCGUGCUACCCAUACCAAAAUCCUCGAAUGUUGGUCGCAUUACUGAGAAUUUCGAUAUUUUCGACUUCGAGCUGACGGAGGAGGAGAGAUGCUUACUGGAUGGCUAUCAUACUGGCGAGCGAUAUGUGCCUUUAAAUUUGAUCAAGGGUCUCAAUCACAAGUACUAUCCAUUUGGCAUUGAGUUUUAAAGCAGAAAAUAAAU